AUGACUAUAGUUCAGUUGCCCAAUGGCGAUAGUGGCCACAAGCACACAUCUAUUACUUCAACCGAUGCUCUUAUUAUUGGCACUGGGCCAGCAGGUGCAUCUUUGGCAUGCUUCCUAGCCUACUAUGGCAUUCGUGGAAUCAUGAUCAGCGCAUGCCCUGCGACCGCGGAUACUCCACGGGCUCACAUCACAAAUAUGGCUGCAAUGGAGUGUCUCCGUGAUAUUGGUCUCGACAAAGAAUGUGAACGUCUUGCGACCAAUGGCAUGAACAUGAUGCACACCCGGUGGGCAUAUAGCAUGGCGGGAGAGGAAUAUGCACGAAUUUAUUCGUGGGGACAUGAUCCAAAGCGAAAGGGAGACUACGAAACCGCCAGCCCCUGUGAUCCUGUCGACCUCCCGCAAACCAUUCUCGAACCGAUUCUUGUUCGGAACGCAACGCUCAACGGUUUUAAGUGCCGCUUCGAUACACAAUUUGUGAGCUUCACACAAGAUGAGGAGGGCGUCACAUCCACACUUAAGGAUGGCAUUACUGGAGCUCUAUACCAAGUCCGCUCCAGAUACCUCUUUGGAGCAGAUGGCGCUAGAAGUGAAGUUUUUCGACAAGCAGAGCUGCCUUUAGACGUGCGGCCAGAUCAGGGUCUUGCAUUUAAUGUGCAUUUGAAGGCGGAUCUAUCCAGCUAUAUGCAAUACCGCACCGGAAAUCUUCACUGGCUUUUGCAGCCAGACAAAGAACAUCCUCUUUUUGGUUGGGCUUGUAUUGCAAGAAUGGUGAAGCCCUGGGAUGAGUGGUUAUUCAUUGUUCUGCCUGAGCGCGGAAAGGAGAUGGAAUGCAAUCCCUCAAAUGAGGAAUGGGAAACCCGAAUGAAGGAAUUUAUUGGGGAUGAUGCAAUUUCCACUGAGAUAUUGGGUGUCUCAAAGUGGCGCAUCAAUGAUGUUGUUGCGGAAAAGUUCUCUAAAGACAGAGUGUUCUGUCUAGGAGAUGCAGUCCAUCGACACCCACCUUCAAAUGGACUGGGCUCUAAUACAUGCAUUCAAGAUGCUUAUAACCUGGCAUGGAAAGUUGCACAUGUUCUCAAAGGCCAUGCAUCACCUUCUCUACUUGAGACUUACUCAGUCGAGCGCCAGCCAGUUGGCCGCGGUGUCGUCACCCGCGCAAACCAGUCAUUCCGUCACCACGGCCCAGUAUGGGAAGCACUAGGAGUGGCACUUCCAACGCCAGAGUUGCGAACAGAAGCUCUUCACGAGCUAACUCUACGAACUGAGAAGGGCCGUGCUCGUCGCAGCAGACUGCAAGCCGCAAUCGAAGAGACAGAGCACGAGUACCAUGCCCUUGGCACAGAAAUGGGCCAGUAUUAUCAAAGCACUGCAGCAUACUCUUCAGAUGAGAAAGAGUCAUUCUACAGCCCAGAAGUGAUGGCCAAAGAUCCAGAUCUCGUUCUCACGCGAAGCACGUAUCCAGGAUGUCGUCUCCCUCACGUCUGGCUCAAUGAUGCCAUUCCCGUGCAGCGUAUUUCGAGCAUUGAUCUGGCCGGGCAUGGUUACUUCACCAUUCUGACCGGUAUCGGAGGUGAGGCUUGGAAGACUGCAGCUUUGCAGGUCGGGGCUGGCCUUGGUAUGAACAUUAAGGCAUACUCCAUUGGUUUCCGUCAGGACUAUGAAGAUGUGUACUUUGACUGGGCGCGUGUUCGGGGUGUUGAUGAGACUGGGUGUAUUCUUGUCCGACCUGAUCGAGUUGUGGCUUGGAGAUGUCACGAUGUACUCGCCGACCAGGCCCAGUGUAUGUCCAAACUACGAGACGUCAUGCUCAGUAUUCUAGGUCGGCAAUCAUAG